AAUAGCUAAAUGAUUGGCCUGAUAUCAAAAUGAGUGAUCAUAAAUAAUAACGCGAGAGUUUGCAAGUUGCCUGCCGACUGUAGUCACAACUGUCAAAGGCAGCAGCGGAUACGCGCGUGACCCAGCACCCAUACUGUUACUGUACACGGUCGCGGAGAUAAUAUCCCUAUCAAACAAAUACACGGCAUAAUCCCGAGGUAAGGACAGGAAUCGAGGGGCUGCGGCGAAACCGCGCGACGCUGUGCCUUCCCCUCCGCUUUCCGUCGCGUUCACUUCUUCCACCCUCGAUUACUGCACUAAACAUAUCCCCGUGCCUCCUUUAGCAACAGCGCGACGGGUUUUUUUUUUUUACUCCUCCUUCGUAUUAAAGUCGCCAUUUUGCUUCACUGCCUAUGAAAGCUUCUUGUAUUUUCAUAUUUUUGGUGGCGUUUCUGCGUUUUUGUGCGCUUGCUUUCGAGUUGGAUUUUAAUGAGAGAGCUCGUGGAUUACAUAUUAAUGAAGAGGGGCGCCGAGUGCAGUCUGGAAACACGGUGAAAGUGUUCGGGCUUGUGGGCAUUUGCAUCAGCUUGCUCUUUUUUCUUCCUCCUCCUUCUUCUUCAUCAUCUUCCUCCGCGGAUACGCACAGCGGGGGCCGUGAGUGUGGCUACCGACCGUGACGCCCGUCUGUCCGCGACCCCCCGCGCGUCAGGUGUGUUUGCCAUGUAAAGUCAAGCGGCGCGACGCGAGAGUAAAGGCUACAGCCUGACCCCACGUGGGUGACCCGCUCACCCGCUCACCCGCCAGUGUUGGGUGGCUUUCCAGGCAUGGACACCUCCAGCGGUGCCCGGGUGGUGAAGCCUUCCUCGGGCUUGUCAAAGGGGCGCACUGCCAAACAGGCCCACCCUGCCGAGAUGGCCCGGAUGGGCAGCACUGAAAACGACAAUCACGGUUCCUCCUAUAAUGAGAAAUCAGAGGGCAAGAAGAAAGGACGCCCUCGCGUGGAGGUCCAGGAGCUGCGCAUUAUUCCCGCCCAUAUGAUGGUGCAGUGGAAAGAGGAGUUUAAGAGUCGUUCCAGGGUGAAAUGUCCAUGCUCAGGCUGCUGGCUGGAAUUCCCCAGUAUUUACGGACUUAAAUAUCACUAUCAGCGAUGCCAAGGGAGACAUCAGAGCCAGCGGCAAAUUCCAGAAGAUCUGACCGAGGCGACCAUAUCAGAGAAGCUGAGUCACAGAUGCCCAUACUGUGAGGCUGUGUUUGCCACCAAGGUGCGUCUUCAGAAGCACAAGCUGUGGAACCAUCCAGAAAGGGUCACAACGGAGACCAAGCCCGGGGUCACCUUGGACACCAAAUCCGAUCCCAAGUCCGAACCCAAACAGCAGAAAAGCCCUGUGAAGGGAAAUGCCAAAAAAAGGCCCAUGGAGAACAGCCCUCCAUCACCCGUAUUUUUCAAGGUGAAGAAGACCCAGGAGGUGUCUCAGCCCUCACAGAAUGGGGAGUGCGCCCCCCAAAGGCCGGACAGGAAACAGCAGCAGGGCACGUCUGUAGACACUGGGGGCAGUGAGAGCGAGGGGGGCAGUUUACCCCCACCCUUUCCCGAGGAGGACCCUGAGAGAAUGAAGCACAGGAGGAAGCAGAAAACUCCAAAGAAGUUCACCGGGGAGCAGCCGUCUAUUUCAGGAACAUUCGGUUUGAAAGGAAUGAAUAAGGUGGAGGAGAAGUUGAAAGCAGGUCGGAUGAAGAGGGCGGAAGGGGCUCUGUUCACUGAGGAGUCCCAGAGGAAGCAGUCGGUUCAAGCUCCCACCAGAAAAGAAACUGCUGUUAUUAGUUCAGUUCCACCUGCUGAAGCCCAGUGGCAGAACACCAUCUCUGAGAGAGGAGAAGUGGUCUGUCCCACCUGCUCUGUCGUCACACGCAAGACCGUCCACGGACUUAAGAAGCACAUGGAGAUCUGUCAGAAGCUGCGGGACGCUCUCAAAUGUCAGCAGUGUCAGAAACAGUUCCGAUCAAAAGCUGGACUCAAUUACCACAGCAUGGCUGACCACAUUAAGCCCUCGGCAAGUGAAAAUGUGUCUGAGGAGGAGCAGGAGGUGAGAGAGAGGCUACGCUGCGUCCUCAAACAGAUGGGCCGAAUCAAAUGUCCCAGUGAGGGCUGUUCAGCUCAUUUCUCCAGUCUGAUGGGUUAUCAGUAUCAUCAGAAGCGCUGUGGCAGAGAGCUGCCAGACGGACAGAAGCCUGUCUUCCUGUGCCAGCAAUGUGGUAAAACUUAUCGCUCAAAAGCUGGCCGUGACUAUCACCUGCGUACCGAGCACCCAGUCACUGCCCAGUCCGCACACUCGCUCACAUCUGAGGACUGGAAACAGGAAGACAGUAAAGACGAGGAGGAUGUGCUGGAGGAGGAAGAAGAAGAGGAGGAGGAGGAGGAGGAGGAUGAAGAAGAGGAAGAGGAAGAACCUGUACAGAAAAAGGGCAGAGAGAAGGCAAAGGAGAGAGUAGACGAGCCAGUGGAGAAGAUCGAGGAAAGGAAGGAGGAAAAAACAGAGGCGGAGGAGCUGCUGGAUUUAGAGAGGACACCCAGCGGCAGGGUGCGCAGACGCUCGGCUCAGGUGGCAGUGUUUCACCUGCAGGAGAUCGCAGAGGACGAGUUGGCCAAAGACUGGGGAACCAAACGACGCAUCAAAGACGACCUCGUACCAGACAUUAAAAGGCUCAACUAUACACGGCCAGGCCUCCCCAACUUUAGCCCUGAAACUGUGAAUGGCUGGAAGAAUGAGGUGAAGGAAAAAGGAUUUAUCUGCUGCCCCAAUUGUAACUGCGAGGCUAUUUACUCAAGUGUAUCUGGACUUAAAGCGCACUUGGCAAGCUGUAACAAGGGAGGGGGCGACGUAGGGAAGUACACUUGUUUGCUCUGUCAGAAGGAGUUUAACUCUGAGAGCGGCGUGAAAUACCAUAUCAGCAAGACACACUCUCAGAACUGGUUUCGGGCGUCUACCAACGAGGUAAUCAACAACAAGAAAAAAGAGCCAGAGAGCAAUGGCUUACAGAAGGACAUGAAAGAUGUAGUGCCUGGGAAGAGGAGGGGACGAAAGCCCAAAGAGCACCACCUCGUGUCAGCACCCUUUCCAGCAGAGACUCAGAGCUUCAGCCCUGCUCCAGCUCCGCUUCCACCCCAGUCCGUAAGCCCAGCCCCAGAAACCCAAACCCCCACGCCCACCCCCGUCACCGACUCCCCACCCACACCCCCUGCCCCAGUGGACAGUGGGAAUCCAACCCAAGCCAGAGACACACAGCCCCCUAUAAAGAAACGAAGCAAAACUAAGAAAGCGCCGACCGUCGAGUAACACGGCUUUCACUCCGUCAACACCAGAAGGGAUGAUUUCCGAACUACUCCGGAUUAAACUUUAGCCGAUUCGGGCACGGAAAUGAAGGAUGGCACGGAACGAGCACAGAAAAAGACGGCAGAACGAGGGGAUGAAAAACAGCAGAAAACAACGACUUGCGCUUGUAUUGAUUUCACACUGAUCUUUGUGUUUUUUAAGCUGAGUAUAUACAUUAUGUGUGUGCCUGUGUACUGAUAUAUAUUACUCCUGUUGGUUUUUCAUUCCAUUUUUAUAGUUCAUUUUAAUAAGUUGUUCACUCUAAAGGGGUCAAUAACAUUUAAGCUCCCAGUUGAUAUGGUAUAUAUAUAAAUAUAUAUAUAUACAUAGGCCUUUAUCAAAGCUUUUUUAGAGCAGAAGUUACAUUUCUACGUACAUUUUGGGUAGUUACGUCAACAUGUCCGGUGGUUUCAUGAUGUGUUUGAAAGAUUUUUUUUUUUCAGAGAAUAUCGAACUCAUUCAAUUAGCAUGGUGAGCUAAUUUACUGCUAACGUUUUAUCACGGUUAUACUCUGCUGUGUAUAUAUAAUAUCUAUAUCUAUAUAUGAAUAUAUUCAAAGCAAUUCAUUUUCGUCCAUCGGUUUCAAACAAGGUGCGUCAAAACAAGUUUAGUUUGCUUAUCCUCGGGUGUGUUUGGGUUUGUUUUGUCAGUGGCAGCUGAAUGGAGGGUUGGAUUUAGAUCGACGGCUGUUGUAACAGUGUGCUACUGUGCAAUAGUGUUGCUUUCGUGGUUCCUUGUCCUGUCUCUUGAGAGGUCUCAGCCCGUAGCCUUGCGUAACUCCCUGUCCCGCGUCCCUUUGGGCUGUUUGCGGUAGUUUGUAGUUUGCUGCAGUUGACCUGGAGGUCUUUGUUAAAAACCUUUAACUGCUUUGAAAUUUGGUAGUGCUGUGUGCUUUCAUUUUGUCGGAUUGUUUUUUAUCGGAAUAAGAGCUUGUGGUGCUCAACGCAGGAGUAUACUGUGCAGACGAUUAGAGAACUUCAAAUCAAUGAUAAAAAGCAUAGGAAUUCCCUUUGACGUCUGUGAUGUCAUCAGUCCUUGCUUAAACUCAAGAGGUCUAUAAAUUUAUAAAGGUAAUGGAAUGAAAAACACAGGUUGAACAGUUGAACUUUUAACUUGCCGUGAUAUAAAUGUCCAUCUAGCGCAUGUUUACACAGAAAACCAAUGGAAAAGUUGCGCAGUGUGACGCAAAAAUGCGUCCUGUGUGAACGGCCCCGAGACUCAAACUGAAAAAAAAAAAUAAAAAUAAAAAUAAAAAUAAAAUAAUAAUAGGACAUUUGGGUGAAUCUCAUAAAAGCUGUCAAGAACUGUUUCACCUUAAAAAUUAAAGCAAAGAAAACUACAAUUCUAUUUUACUAAAAGAAAAUGAAGCAUUUUUAGGAUUUUUAAUUUUGGAAUAAUAAUUUAAGCACUUUUAAUUUUAGCACAUUUUACCUCCCAUUCUAUGGAGCCCUGUUUCUGCAAUAAAAAAUAUAAUUCAAUUAACUUAAUUUUUAUUAAAUUCAAUUAAAUACAACUUUUUAUGUCACAAUUCUGACCUUUUUUCACAGGCAUGAGAAAAAAGUCAGAAUUAUGAGAUAUAACCUUGCUAGAAAAAAGUCCGAAUUGUAAAAAUAAAAAUGUGCAGUUACCUUUUAUGAUUACAAAAAUCAUUGCAGUUUUGAGAAAAAAGGUCAGAAUUCAUGGAGUUUAUAUCUUACAGAGUUUAUAUCUUACAAUUCUGACGUUUUUCCCAGAGUUACGUCUAUUUUUAUUUUAUUUUAUUUUAUUUUAUUAUUUCCAUAUUUAUUUAUUUUUUUUUUUAAGAAUUAAAAACAAAAACAAAUCUGAAUUUUGAGUUUAUAUCUUACAAUUCUUACUUUUUUCCUAAAAUUGCAGGUCUAUUUUUAUUUUAUUGUUUUAUUUUAUUUCAUUUCAUUUCAUUUCAUUAUUUUUUAAUUAAGCUUCCAUACAAAUGUCAUUACCAAUGUGGGGGGAAAAAAAGUUACAUUUCAAAACUGCAUUUUUUAAAUUAAAAAAUAACCAUGCAAUUAAUAAAAUAAAAUGAAAUAAACAGACCUGAAAUCCUGGGAAAAAGUCAGAUUUGUAAGAUAUAAACUCAGAAUCCAGACUUAAAAAAAAAAAAAAAAAAAAAAUAUUAAAAAAUGUAUAUAUAAAUAAAAAAAAAAUAGUGUCAUACAUACAUAUAUAUAUAUAUAUAUAUAUAUAAUUUUUUUAGUACAAUUUUGAUUUUUUUUUUUAAGUCUGAAUUCUGAGUUUAUAUCUUACAAUUCUUUUUUUCCCAGAAUUGCAGGUGUAUUUUAUUUUAUUUUAUUUUAUUUUAUUUUAUUUUAUUUUAAUGGAGGAAACAAGCUUCCGUACAAUUCUCAUUACCAAUGUGAAAAAAGUUACAUUUUCAUUCCUAUUUUGUUAAAAAUAAAUAAAUAAUAAUAAUAAAAAAAAUAAUACUAAUAAUAACAGCAGCAACAACAAAAAUAAUAAUGAUAAUAAUAAUAAUAAUAAUUAUUAUUAUUAUUAUUAUUAUUAUUAUUAUUAUUAUUAUAUAUGCUGGUGCUCAUAUACAAGUCAAAAAAGAAAAAAAAAAUUAAUUAAAUUUUAAUUUCUGUUUUAAGAUAUUAUUUGUAGUACUGCCUAAUAAAUCCUUUAAAUAAUUUAUUAUUCUUUAUCUUUACAAAAAUGAUUGCAGUAAUGAUUUGUGCCCUAUACAGGAAUGAGAAUUUGGGAGGCAGAUGUGCUUAAUUGUCAUUAGAAUAAUAUCACAGUGCAGUCUUAACUUAGUGCAAACAGAAUUUUAUCCUAAAUGUUUUUUUGUUUUGUUUUUUUUCAGUUGGUUUUAAGGAUGUUUUUGUGAGAUUCACCCAUUUAGUCGGCUUUUGCUAGGAGUACAAGCAAUGUGUGUGGAAUGCACUUAAAGACCUCAGUGACUGUAUGCAAUAGUGAGAGUGUUUUGGGUGCAAAAGCACGUCGUGUGAAGCAUUGAAGAGCACAAUCAGAAUGGUCACUGCAGGCUUUAUCCGAACGUUUCCGAAUCAGAGAGCGAGUCUGAAAAUCUGAAUGGUCCCGCACAUACUGAUUCCCAAGCUUCUGAUCAAGGCCUGUUUGCGAAAAACGCUGGUAUUGCACUUUAACCCCUCCUCCCCCUCCCUCCUUAUCUUGCACUUUGCAGGCACUGUUAGGCUUCCAUUCUCCGACCUUAAACGAGCGGCUCUGUGUUGCGAGAUCUCGGAUCGGUUUUCUUCGCGCAAAUCCACCACGCGAGAGAAACUGAUCGCAGACGGGCCACCCCGAACGCCUGCCAUGUGAUCCGUGUGAUACGUGCGAGGGAAGCCCGUCCUCCACCCCCCGAUUUAGAACGCAAAUCUAUGUCAAAUACGAAAUGGGAAUUACGUUUGAAGCCAUAACGGUCCCCUUGAAGGUGACUUAUGGAAGCAGUGUGUCUUUUUAUUCUUCUUCCUCAGUUUGUAUAAAAGAUUAUAGAUUGAAAAAAUAUAUCAUUUGCAACGUAAAUUAAUUAUGUAUUCCAAAACCCUAAUAAUUCUAACUGAGGUACUUGAAAUCAUGAAAGAAAAUUGCCAUAAAAUUAUUAGCAUACAGGUCACAAAUGGUAAAAAAGGAUAAAUUAUUACAAAUAUAUUUAUCUAAUGAGAAAAAAAAGAAUAAGCUCAAAAGUUGCAUACGUUUAUUUUAUACUAAUACUUGUAAAUGUGAUCUUAAUCUCAUAGUUGCUUAAGAAAUCUAGGGUUGGUUUGUGGUGGUUUUAGGCAAAAGGUGCUAGUAGCCAAUCUACCUUAAGGAAUGUUGCGCAUGAAAUUGUGAAGCAGUUCGUCUGCCUUGCCAUCGAGUCCCACGUUUCUGACAUGAAAUGCUGUAGCAGAUCUCAUUUUAACUAUCCUGCAUUAGAAAAAUGGCAAAUAAAAGUCUUCUGUGGCUUCAGUCAGACUGAAUUCCCCCCUAUUACACUGUAAAAAUGGUUGGCUUUUAAAAGAUUGAUGGUGAAUCUUACAAAAACUGUUAAGAACGUGUGUCUUAUUUCAUCCCAAGUUCAAAAAAUGACAAAAAUGUCAAUGCAAAAAGCAAAAAGAAAAGAAAAAAAUUAAGCCUUUUUUAGGGUUCCUAAUUUUUAUCAUUUUUAUGAAAAUUAAGCACAUUUCACCUCCCAGUUCUAUUGAAGAAAAAGAUAAAUAAAUAGGCAAUUGCUUUUUUCACAGUUAUGAGAAAAAAUGUCAGAAUUAUGAGAUAUAAACUUGCAAUUGCAAGAAAAAAGUCAGAAUUGUGAAAUAAAAACUCACAAAUACCUUUUUUUUUAAUUAAAGAAAAAUUUAGAGUUUAUAUCUUACAUUUCUGACUUUUUUCCCAGAAUUGAGUGUCUAUUUCUUGUUUAUUUUAUUUUAGUAAUAUUUAUGUCACAGUAGUUCUGACUUUUCACUGUUAUGAGAAAAAAGGUCAGAAUUAUAAGAUAUAAACUUGCAAUUGCUUGUUCAUUUUAUUUUAUUUUAUUUUAUUGUAAUUCAUUAUAGUAAUAUUUAUGUCACAAUUCUGAUUUUUUUUCACGGUUAUGAGAAAAAAAAAGUCAGAAUUAUGAGAUAUAAACUUGCAAUUGCAAGAAAAAAGACAGAAUUAUGAAAUAAAAACUCACAAAUACCCUUUUUUUAAUUUAAAAAAUUGCAAUUGUGAGGAAAAAAUGAAAAAUUUUAAGUUUAUAUCUUACAGUUCUGACUUUUUUUCCCCAGAAUUGAGUGUCUAUUUUUUGUUUAUUUUAUUUUAUUUUAUUUUAGUAAUAUUUGUCACAAUUCUUACUUUUUUCACACUUAUGAGAAAAAAAUGUCAGAAUUAUAAGAUAUAAACCUGCAAUUGCUUGUUCAUUUUAUUUUAUUGUAUUUUAUUUUUAUUUUUAUUGUAUUUCAUUAUAGUAAUAUUUAUGUCACAGUUCUGACUUUUUUCAAGGUUAUGAGAAAAAAAAAAGUCAGAAUUGUGAAAUAAAAUCUUUUAAUUAAAAAAAAUGCAAUUGUGAGAAAAAAAGGUAAAAAUUCUGAGUUUAUAUCUUACAAUUCUGACUUUUUCCCCAGAAUUGGGAAUUUUUAUUUUUUAUUUUAAUUUAUUGUAGUAGUAUUUAUGUCACAAUUUUCCCCAGAAUUGAGUCAAUUUUCUGUGUUUUUUUUUUUUUUUUUUUUUUUUUUUUUUUUUUUUACUAUUUAUGUCACAACUCUGACAUGUUUUCACAGUUAUGAUAAAAAUAUCAGACAUAUGAGAUACGAACUUGGCAACUUGCAACUGGAAAAAGUCAGAAUUGUGAAAUAAAAACAAAUAGCUUUUUUUUAAUUAGAAAAAAAAAUGCAGUUGUGAGAAAAAAGUCAGAAUUCAAAGUUUAUAACUUACACUUCUGACUUAUUUUCCAAAAUUGAGUCUAUUUCUUGUUUAUUUUAUUUUAUUUUUUUAUUUUAUUUUGUUUUAUUUCAACUCUUUGGUGGCAACAAGCUUACAAUUCUUAUUCCUGUUUUGUAAAAAAAAAAUACACACACAUACAUACAUACAUACACACACUCACACACACACACACACAUAUAUAUAUAUAUAUAUAUAUAUAUAGCAUAAAGUAAUUUUUAUAAUGCAGUAAAAUAAUGUAGUCAUGCAUAAGCAUCAUUUUCUUUAAGCAAAAUAUUUUUUUAAUUUGGAUUUAUAAUAUUCUCCACAUUUCUUACAUCGUAUUUCAUCCUCCACCCCCUCCCAAAAAUAUGUAGCAAAUUAUAUAUAGUAAAAAAUAUAUAGUAUAGUUUUAAAAAAGCAAUUAAAAACUUUACACUUUUUUACACUGUCAUUUGAUUUUGCAGUAAAAUGCAACAUUAGCAUGUUCUUCACAGGUUUGUGAGAUUCACCCUUCAAAGAUUCACAUCGUUUUGCGUGAACAUUAGUAGAGGACAAGGCAACAUACAUAUCAGUCACGUUGCCAGGUUAAAUGUGAGAUAGCAGCUCAGUGUUGCUCCAUGACAUUUCUGACUACGUUGUGUUUAUUCUGUCCCUGAGCUGGUGUAAUGUCGCCGUCUCGGGUCCACGAAACCGACUACUUUAAUGUAGACAAGCAAUGUGCUUUGAGUUCGGCCCAGUAGAAUGUAUCUUUCUCAAUGGAAGUGUAGUUGUCACACGAUAUUGCUCGAUUCGCCAUCUCAUCACACGAAAGGUGGCGCGUAGUUUCCGCUAGGAAUAUUGUGCGUGGCUUCGAUUACCCGUCUUCCUAGAUUCUGUGGCGUACACAUAUGCAGACGUUGUACGAUCAUGACACUGCAACAGAUUUAUUUCGAAAUUACAGCAAUAGCUUGCAGUCGAAAGCACUACUGCAACGUUAAAUAUGAUUUCCAAAGCUUGGUGCGAACUGUAUUCGCUUUCUUUUGCUUCUUCGCUUCUUUCUUUGUGACAUAGUUGCUUUAAACUAUUUGAAUAUGAUCUUGCGCUUUUCUAUACAGGUCAAAGUACAUGUUGAAAAUGUCCUUUUGUCCAAAACGCUAUACACAGUGCGUGUGUAUGUGUGAGCGCGCGUGCGUGCGUGCGUGUGAGCAUGAAUGCGUGUAGGUGUGUGUUUCUGUAUUUAGUGCACUUGUAAUCCCAUGAAAUAGGCUUGAAUAUGGAGUGUCGGUAGAGAUUUUGGUGAAUUUGAUUGUGUGCUGUGGAAUUUUGUACUAAAGGGGGUCUGUAGAAAGUGGAGCCCCCUACCAGUUUUUAAAAGUCAUUCUUUUCAUUACUUCAACUUUUUGUGUGAAAUGAGGAUUUCUCAAGUUAGAAUUUGACCCGUCGGAGUUCUGACGGAGAACAUCCUCAGAGACGUUUACAGAUAAAAGUCAUUGUGUCUGAUUUGAAAGGAGUCCGAGCGGGGCCGUCCUGUCCCGUGUUACGUCGCGACGGCCCUGGUCUGAGGUACAAAAGGUUGAUCCAAAAACGUAGAUUUUAUUCAGAUGCUCUAGAAAGUGUUAAAUCUAUUCAUACUUAUCAAAUAAUGACAGUAAUGGACAAAAUGAUCUUUUAUUCCUUUAAAGUUUUUACCUAGGUUGGCAAGAGUUCUGAAUCUAAACUAUUAUUCUCUCUCUUUUUCCCCUGGUGUAUUAACUGUGCAUUAAUACCCCUCAAAUAAUUAAUAAAAUGUUGACAAAGAUUUGA